CCCACAUCAAAUUACAAAAUGCUCUUCAUUUUCCUAUAUAAAGCUCCCUGCUGCAGAUAGUCUCUCUCCCUACUCUCUCUCUCUCUCCACACAAAAGAAAUUAAAGAUUUCUCCAUUUAUAUAUACACUCCCAAGUCCCAAUUUCCUCACUUUCACUGCCUUCUCUCUCUCUCUCUCUGGGCCAGCUAGCAGAUAGGCAGAUGUACAAUGCCUAUUUUUUAGCAUGCUAAAUAAAUAUAAUAAAAGUCCAUAAAAAUCCCAUCUUUAUGAGAUUUUGACAUCUUCAGAGCAAAGCAAAUUGAGGGGGACCUUUUUCUUUCUCUUUCUUUCUUUCCCAAUGGCUGAUUACAACAACAGCUUUGACUGCUCGGCAUCGGACCUUCUCUGUAAUGAAGAAACCAAAGGCUUUUUCUUGGACGAUGACGAUGAUCUUGUCCAAGCCCAGCCUUUCAGCGAUCAGAGCUGUCGAUCCAACGGUGGAGAUUCGGAGGUGUCUCUUAAUCUGCCAUGUUUGAGUGAGCAGUGCAUAUGGUGGAUGGUUGAGAGAGAGAGGGAGCACUUGCCCAGGGAUGAUUAUUUGGAUAGACUCAAGACUGGUGAUUUGGAUGUUAGCUUCAGAAAAUGGGCUCUUCAUUGGAUGUUAAAGGCUUGUGCACACCAUAACUAUGGCGAGACGUGCCUGUACACUGCUAUGACUUAUUUCGACCGAUUUCUAUCGGUUUAUGAAUUCCCCAUUUGUUCAUUGGGAGGGGGAGAUAGAAAAUGGGUGACUCAGUUGAUCUCUGUGGCCUGUUUAUCACUGGCAGCCAAAAUUGAGGAGGUUAAUGUUCCUACUACUCUGGCCUUUCAGGCAGGGGAACCCAAAUUCUUGUUCGAAGGAAAAACGAUACAAAGGAUGGAAUUUUUGAUUCUGAACCGCUUGGAUUGGAAGAUUAAAGCUUAUACGCCUUUCAAUUUUGUCGACUUUUAUCUUAGAAAGAUGAAUAACGGCGAAGGUCCAUCAUGGAAGACGAUAAUUAAUCGGUCUCUUGAUGUCAUCAUAAGCACAAUCGAAGGUAUUGAAUUCUUGAAAUUCCGGCCAUCUGAAAUAGGUGCAGCUGUUGCUGUUUUUGUUUCAGAAGAAGUACAAUCGAAGGACAUUGAUAAGUCAUUGUAUGGCUUAGUAGGAAUUGAUAAGUGUCUUGAAUUGAUCAAGAAUUUGGCAACAAUUAGUGGAAUGAUUAAGGGUGAUUAUAGAAAUUUGUCUAAUGGCUCAAUUUUAUCAUCAUCAUUAUCAUUAUCACUAGAGGCACAUAGUCCAAAUGGGGUUUUGGAGGCAGCAUGUUUGAGCUGCACAACAGUUGAGUCAUGUCCAAGUUCUUCACACACUACUCCACAGCCUAAAAGGAGGAAAUUGCAGUGA